AGUGCUAAGCAAAUACAGGAACCAGAAAGAGUUAUCGAGGCUGCUUCUCGCUGCCUCAUUCAGUUCCUUUGUGGUCCUCUUCUUCAACACAUGCCAAAGCAGUUCCUGACGACCUGAGAGACCAGAGCCUUCUGGGAGUGUGACAAUGGAAGAGUUGGAUGCCUUAUUGGAGGAACUGGAAAACUCCACUCUCCAGGACAGUGAUGACUAUUCUAGCCCCACCCUUCUUCCUCUGGAUCAGCAUUCCAGCAAAGUGACUAAGCUUGCUGAGACUUCAAACGCUCUCUGCACCCAGGAUGACAGAACUCCCUUGAAGGUGGAGCUUGCAUAUACUACCAAUGUCCAGGAGUCCAGUGUGUACAGUGAGAUCCAAGAGCCAAAGAAAUUAACACCACCUCCUAAAACAUCAGCAGCCGCUCAGUUGGAUGAGCUCAUGGCCCACCUGUGUGAAAUGCAGGCCAAGGUUGAUGUGAAAGCAGAUGUGGGCAAGAAGCCCUUACUGGACCAGCAGGAUCACCAGGCCUCCCUGGACUCCAUGCUGGGCGGUUUGGAGCAGGACUUGCAGGACCUUGGAAUCGCUACAGUGCCCAAGGGCCAUUGUGCUUCCUGCCAGAAACCGAUUGCUGGAAAGGUGAUCCAUGCUCUUGGGCAAUCCUGGCACCCAGAGCACUUCCUCUGCACUCACUGCAAAGAAGAGAUCGGAGCUCGCCCCUUCUUUGAGCGGAGCGGCAUGGCUUACUGCCCCCAGGACUACCACCAGCUUUUCUCUCCACGCUGUGCCUACUGUGCUGCUCCCAUCCUGGACAAAGUGCUGACGGCGAUGGAUCAAACCUGGCACCCAGAGCACUUCUUCUGCUCUCACUGUGGAGACGUGUUUGGUGUGGAAGGCUUUCAUGAGAAGGACAAGAAGCCAUAUUGCCGAAAGGAUUUCUUAGCCUUGUUCUCACCCAAGUGUGGUGGCUGCAACCGUCCAGUGUUGGAAAACUACCUGUCAGCCAUGGACACUGUCUGGCACCCAGAGUGCUUUGUGUGUGGGGACUGCUUCAGCAGUUUUUCUACUGGUUCCUUCUUCGAACUGGAUGGACGUCCAUUCUGUGAGCUUCAUUACCAUCACCGCCGAGGAACCCUCUGCCACGGGUGUGGGCAGCCCAUCACUGGACGCUGCGUCAGCGCCAUGGGGCACAAGUUCCAUCCUGAGCACUUCGUGUGUGCUUUCUGCCUGACCCAGUUGUCAAAAGGCGUCUUCAAGGAGCAGAAUGACAAGACCUAUUGCCAGUCAUGCUUCAAUAAGCUCUUCGCGCUGUAAUCUUGCCUGAGCCCACAGCUUCUUCGUCUCCUUUAGAAAGUCUAAACCAAGAAGUGAAUGAGUACAAUUGCUGUUACUAACUUCCUGCUUUGUAUGUUUAUAGAGGAAAUAAAGGUGAUGAGCAAAGAGGAACUUACAGACCUUACGUGACUAG